AUGUGGUCCUGUUGCAAACCGAGGAAUGCUACCGCCGGCGAAACCCGGCCUCUUCUGCCUCAACAUCGCCGUGGUUAUGACGACGACACAGUCCUGCAGCGUCAGCUGCACGAAAAACUGCAUUCCUACCAGAUGAUCAAGGCCCUUUCCAGUGGUUUUAUGCCAUCAACAAACCAGAUCGUCUCCAACCUCCGUGUUCUCCUGGCAUCUAGCCUCCUCAACCCGGGACCCCUUGCUGUUGGGAACACGAGUCGCGAACUUACUACGGACGUUAAAAUUUGUAUACGUCUAUUUAUCGACCUUUUGCAAGAAAGGAAUGGUGAAAAUCAGCUACAAGAUGCCAUUUGGCAGCUGUCCAAGUCGAAAGUUUUGCUCGAUACCGAGAGUCUGGCAUCCAGGACAUCACAAUCAAAGGCCCAUGCAGACGCCACCGCCGCUCGUGAGUGUAUACGAACGGUCUUUAGCCUAUUGCUCAUCAACGCCGACUUCCGCCGCUUAGUCGACGAUUUGGCUACCAUUGGACGGAUGGUAUUUGCGGAUACUGCAUCUGCGCUGUCGUUAGCAGCUGCGGAAGCUGCGGUAGAAGUGCAACCUACAGACGAAGAGAGAGCUAACCUCAAACCCAGAAGUUCAGAGAGAAACGAAGCACCGUCGUCCGAGCAUAUACACGAAGGCCUAGAACAUGUCUCCAGAGUUGCGGGGGAAGUUGUGGGUGAGACUGGGAAGGCUGCUGUGCACAGUGUGGAGGAGACUGUGUUUGGUUCAUACAAGAAUACAUUGCUCUACAGGAUGAAGAGAGCAGUUGUAAACCUUCGCGAAAGAAAGGACUAUGCCAGCUCUGUAUCCACAAUCACUCAAUUAAUUAAGCGCUACGGGGUUAUAUAUUCCCGCGUACUCGAUGAAACGGCCAGUGCUGCGGAGGAAGAUUUUGAGCCAAAUGCCGAACUCAAGCAAGGAGUGCGAAGCUUGUGGAGGUUCCUUGAAUCCUUUGGUGACCGCGACGAAUGGGAGCUUGUGGAAAGUAAAUUCAAUGUUGUGGUUAAGCAUUUCGAGGAAGACCCUGAACUUGAAUCCUUGCUCCAAGAUAUUGGGGACUUGAUCUACGGUCUCAUGAUGAACCCUGUCUUCUAUGAUUCGGCAGACGAGACAUUUGAAGUUCUGAAACAAAAAUCUAGCGACAUCGGUUUAGAUUCUACCUUUCGCCAGGAUAUUGAUGCUUUUCUAAAGCAAUUACGUCGUGCCUUGGCUUCAGUGGCGAAAGAUCGAACGGUAGCCAAAUUCCUCUCUGCCAUCAAAAAGCUUGGUAGCAACUUAUCCCGAGCCUUCAACGAGAAAGCCCCUAGGGUCUCAGAAGAUGCCCUCAAUGUUUUCCUACCUACGUUGAUCCGUUCCAUUCAGCGUAUUCCAAUUCCAAGACUAGAAGUCUCGGCGCCCAACAUGGAUUUACUUCUUGAGAACGUCGUUCUGGAACCAGGCCACUCCUUUCACGGUUCCUCCUUCUUCCCAAGGAGAAUUCUCACCACAACCCACAACGAUGUGGAGGUCCGGAAAACACAUUCUAAAGAAGUGACUACAAGCGUAAAAACUACAGUUACCAUAACAAUGAAUGGCCUAAAUAUAAGUGCGAAAGAUUUCGGCUACUGGAUCCGUGUUCGCACUCCCUCCUUUAUCCCCUACUUCGGUGACGAGGGAAUUGCCAGCUUCUCACUUGACGAACGCGGCAUCGACAUCUCCCUUGACAUCGAGAUUGGCCGCGAUCACAUCGAGCGACUAAUCGCGCUCCGUGGCGUUCGCGUUCACAUCCAUAAACUCGAUUACACAGUGCGCCAGGGCUCUUGGUCCUUUAUGUGGUGGGUCCUCAGGCCAUUCCUCAAACACAUGGUCCGCCGCGUUCUCGAGAAAAAAAUCGCCGAACAAAUAGUUGCAGCAGCACAUAUCCUCAAUCGCGAACUUGUGUUUGCCCGUGAGCGUCUACGAGCGACAAGGAUCGCAAGCCCGAAGAGCCUGGCUACGUUCGUCAGAGCUGUGUUGACGAGCAUUACGCCGAAAAUGGACCCGGAUGUCCAUGUGCGAGUUGGCGUUGAUGCACGUCGAGAAGGAGUGUUCAAGGAUGUGUAUACACCGGCGAGUGUUAUGCCGAUUUGGCAUGAGGAAGGGAGGGGAGCCGGGGAGGCUGUUCUGUCUGGGGAUCAGAGUGGUGGUGUCCAUAUGACGUGGCGGAAUGAGAUAUUUGAUGUUGUGCCUUCACCCUCUGUGGUGCGGCGUUGA